AUGGAAUCAUACGUCUCCCGAUCCGUCUGUGGCACACUUUUACCAUUUUAUAUGCUUCUCGGGGUGAGGUCAAGUGGAGGUGGCCAUUGGAGCUACAUAGGUACUUGA